AUGGGAGAACUCCUCGUUGUAACUCUCCUUCGAUUUCUUAAGAGAGCGAUCAUCUUCGGAUUUGAUGCCAUCUCCAUACUCUUUUAUCUUCCUGUCAGCAUCUUAUUAUUCAUUCAGAGUAAAUUAUCGGGAUCAUUUGGAUAUAAAGCUAGAUAUCCUGGUCAUCAUGGAUCACUUCUCUCCUAUUAUUUGAUAUUUAUUUUCUUUUAUUUGGUGACUACUGUUGCCACUCCUUCCAUUGUGUUGUAUCCAUUGUUGAUCGUGUAUCAAACCUUUGUAUGGUACAUUAGCAAUGAAUCAAAUACUUUUUGGGUGGCUACUGCCUCAGUAGGAGUUGUAUUCAUUUGUGCAGUUUCAUUGUCUGUUCGAGCGUGUAUUUUAUUAGACAAAUUGGAUCGAGUGUUUGAUGGAAAUCUAUUUGAAGAUUGGAUACAAGUUCAAGUGCAUGGUAUCUUGUAUGUCUUGUCCAUUAUUGCAUUCUUGGUUAAUCCAGUGAGAUUUGUGGUAUUUUUAAAAGAUGCAAAAACCAAACUCUGCACCCAAUAUGUCGAUGUGGUUGGAAAACAAGCCAAGAAUGCAGUCUAUGAUUUGAUUUGCAUUCCUUUUGCUCUUUUAAUUUUGGUGACCAUGUGGAGAGUUCCAAUCAUAUGGAGAUCGAAAUGGAAUCACAAAUUAUUUAUUGACAAUGGUCUCUAUGUACUCAUGGAAAUACCAGUAUUCACAAUUUGUAUUCCCAUCAGUCUGCUGGCCUUUUAUAGAGUUAAAUACUUUAUUCAAGAGUUUGCCAAGUUGGACUCUGCAAACAGUGAUCGAAUGAAGUUCUGUAUCAAGCAAGCAUCGGAAUCCUUAGUUGACAUUCCUUUUAUUUUGAUGGGAAGUAUACUCGCUUGUACCAUUUAUAGAUUCAUUCCAGUGGUCAAACAUUAUUUUUCAAAAGACACAGAAAAUAAGAAGACACUAAGGCGAGUGAUUUUUGAACAUUUUUGUUGCUUCCUACUGGACCUUCCUGCAGUGUUGUCAUAUACUUUAAUUUUCAUGCUUAGAUAUCGAUUACCGAUUGCCAUGAAAAUUUCUAAUAGUCAAAAGGAGUUGGGAAAUUUCCUUCAUUUCCAUCAUGCUGUGUUAUGGAUGGCAUAUGAAACCCUUCUGGAUAUUGUACAUAUUAUUCUAUGUACACCAGUAUUUGUCACCCUUUGGAGAGCCUCACAUUUAUAUUCAGCCAUCUUUAUUGAUGUCUUUUAUACACCAGAAUUUUUUGAAAAUCAAGAAGAUGAAGACAAUAUGAAGAAGAUGAAUCUUGUCGAGUACGAAAUAUUCAAAAAGAGGAGAGCUAUUGCCAGAGAUAUUCUCAAAAAUUGGAUCAUUGAUGUUGUCUUCAUCAUACUGGGAUUAUUAUCUGUGUGGAGAAUUCCAAGAAUAAUUCUUCACUUCAUGACCAUCAUUACGAAUGAAGAAAAAGCUGGCUCCAUGAGAAAUAAGGCCAUGGAAGAAUUUAUUCAAUCCAUUCUCGAUGUAUUGGCCCUCACAGGUCUAUGCAUCGUUCUGAUUCCCACUCUGUACAGACUUCCCACUCUAAUUACAAGACUAAGAUCCAAAGAGGGCAAACUUUAUCAAUUCAUUAUAUUUUCAGAAAUUGUGGAAACCUUUAAAGAUCUUCCUUUCAUUGUGAUGGGUCUACUCUCGAUGUGGAGAAUUCCUAUAAUUUUGCUCAAGAUUUGGCUACUCCAUCCUCAAGAAUAUGACACUUCUGAGAAACGAAGAAAUUUGGCAAAGGAACAAUUCAUUGAUGCCAUGUUAGACCUUCCAUUUGUCAUUUCGUUCAUACUCAUGGUACUUUCCAUUAUGCACAUUUUCACACUUUACAUGCUCACUCGAAAAUACUUUAAAUUCAAGAAAGAGGAAACCGACAUCUCCAAGAAGAGAGAAUUGUUCACCUUCUUCAGAGGCAAAAUUUUAAAACAAUUAUACUUAUUACCUUUACAGAUCCCACUCAUUCUUUGCACCUAUUUAGUUACGUUCACAUUCUACAGAAUUCCAAUCACAAUCACAACCAUGAAGAAAAUUCCUGGACAGAAGGAACCAAAGAAACUUGCAGCCAAAGUUAUUGUCUCUCAAGCUCUUAGUAUUCCGUUGGAUAUCAUCACAUUACUCUUUUCGACCAUCAUCAUGUGCACGUAUUAUAGAAGUGAUCAGAGAAGCCAUUCAAGCUCACCGAUUGAUUGCUCUAAUAUUUUGGGAUCUCAUCAAAGAUAUCCUUUACUGGUAUUGCUUGUAAUAUCAUCCAUUACGGUUUGGAGAAUUAGACACAUCCUUAGAGCAUUACAAAAUGAGAAAGACUACAAAAAGCGACUCGUGUUACUUGGAGCAAAUGCUUUAUUAACACUUGGAGAUGUUCCAUGUGCCAUUUGUGCACUCUUGGUUUUGUUCAGUUGGAGAGCUAAGAGAAUGGUUUCGAUCAUUCAUGGAGCGUAUGUGGCAGGAAAACUUGCUCAAGUUCACUUUUCCAUAUUUUUAGAAUUUUAUGAAUAUGUGUUGGAUUUAAUUCACAUCAUGUUAGUACCGUUAUUGUUGUGGAGAAUACCUCUAUUAAUUAGAAAUGUCAUGAAGAUGGAAUCCAUUCCUGAAAUGAGAAAAGAAGUUUUAGAGCAUUUGAAACAAAUUAUUUUGGAUGUUCCAUUCAUACUAUGUACCAUUAUUGUGUCUCUCUCAAUUUACAGAAAUAUUGAAAUUUAUCAUUUUCUCACGAAAAAGAAGAACAAAAAACCAUAUCGAGAAUUUAUUGUCAUACAACUCAUUCAGCUCUUGUAUGAUAUUCCAUUAGUGGUCGUGGCAACAGCUACCUGCAUUGUCAUUCCAUAUCGAGUAUAUCACUUGGUGAAAUAUCUAUUUUUCUAUCCUUUUAAGAAGGAUCGCGACAAUGAAAGAAGAAGAGAGCUUCGAGUGUUGAUUGCCAAGACGCUCGUGGACUUGCUCACUCUUAUUUUUGGUUUUGGUGUGUUGCUGUUGUGUUGGAGAAUUCCCUUCUUUGUUCACAAAUAUCUCACUGGAACACCCAUCAAGAGAUCUCUUUGGGUUGAAUUCAGAGCUGGAGUACUGGAUGUGUGCUCCUUAUUCAUGCUUGCCAUUAAUUUGGUACUAUUUUACCAAUUUCCAUACACUGUUCAAAGACUUUAUUACUUUACCAUCACGUGCUGUAAACAUCUUUUCAAAUAUUUACCAGAAUUAUGGAAAAAGGUUAAAACUCCAAAGCCUGCACAAAACUCCACUCCUAAAGUUAUUCCAUCAGAUAAUGGUGAAAUUCUACCACAAGACAUGCUUUUUGAGAUUCUGACAUUCCUUCCUCCAGAAGAUAAUGCGCAAAGUUUUGAUCGUGUUUGUAAACAUUGGCAUGAACAAGCAAGACAAGAUUCAGUCUUGUGGAAAUUGUAUCUUGAUGCAGAUAGUUUAGGACAAUUCAUUGAGCAAGAUAUGUCCAAGAAAUAUGGUUCUAAGAAUAGGAAUGCGAACUAUUACGGUUAUCCUUACAACAGCUACCCAAGAAAUUCAACUCUGAACGAAAAGUACUACAAUGCUAUCGGUACUUACAGGAAUGAGGAUUUUUCACACAUUUUCGCAAAAGCAUUUUCAAGCGAAUCUGAGAACAGAAACCAAUAUGUGAAACGAUAUUUAUCCAUCAAAGAGAGAUAUUUGUCCAAACAAUAUUCUCUGCAAGAUGCCUUAGAAGAUGACUAUCGACUUGGAUUUCAUGAAAUUGUUUUUAAAGAGUUUGCUCAUACCAUCACUCAUCUCUACAAAAUCUUCCUAGUCCGUUAUAAGAUUAUUGGUACAUUACUCUUCCCAUUGCAUUUCGUCAUUAGAAAGGCGCAUGGAAGGCAGUUCAAUACGUAUGACUGGGAUCGUGCAGAGGAAUAUAUUUUUGACGUGCUCGCAGAAUGUUAUAUUUUUAUACAUGACGUUCUGGUCUUUGUAGUAAUGACUAUUCUUGAUAUUUUCCCAUUCAUGGGCUACAGGUGGUGGGGACAACAAAAUGUUGAACUUUACAACUACCACAGUUACAAAGGAUGGAAUUAUUUCAAAUUAGUUUGCCUCUCUUUUGCUUCCAUCAUAGCAACCUUAAUUUGUGUCAUUAUUGCAUUUGCUAUUACUUUCAGUCCAUUCGUUUUCAAUGUUAGAAGUUGGUUAUUUUGGUCAAUCAUGUCCAUUGGAAAGACAUCAGAGCUGACGCAAGCGAUACUGAGCUUUUUGAAAUUCAAUUCAAUAGCCUCAUGGCUAUUAUUACCUCAAACCAUUGCUUUAGGCAUACAAGACUACAUUAUUGGCUUUGUUUUCUACCUGUUGGGAUUUAUUCUAAAUGCCGAAUCUGGAUUUUUAUACUGGGUCAAUGUGGUUCUGUUUGUAUUGCUGUGGGCAUUUAUCAUAUUCUGGUUCUAUGUCUUCACUGGCCCCAUUUUGGAAUGCCGACCAUAUUUCAGAGCAAAUUAUGCGAUGCGUAUCAUUGUGGAUUUAUAUGCAGAAUUACUGAAAGUCCAAGCCUCUUUUUGUAAAAAUCAGUUGGGAUUCUUGGCCAAUUAG